ACUGAAGAUACUAUCAUUGCACAUGGGACAAUAUUUGAUGCUGAAGGUGACGGUGAGAACAUCAAGGUAUCAGUGGAUGUUGUCCUCGAUGGCCAAUGUGUGAUUCCAAAUCCGACAAAGGAAGGAGUCACCAAACUGACGCAUGAAGUCGGAUCACAUUUAUUGUGGCCACGACAUCUUGUUCUUACUAGGAAUGAUAAGGUAAUUGUCUGUCUUAUUGUGUUGGAGUUUUUAUGCAUCAAAUUAUACUAACAGUAGUUGAACUUUUUGUGAUAGAAGGAAACUGUGGGCUUCAAUACGGAUCCGUCCACAUUCUCUAUGGCAGCAUAUCUACGUGCUCUAGUGGCACUCCGGUGUUUGGUUAGACUCGUUGAACAUAUGGGGUCAUCGAUUCAACUAAACACGCCUUUAGAGCUAUUCGGUGUGAAGAGAAAAUGUUGCAUUAUGGUUGAGUCACUGAGGGAUUUCUCGUCAAUGCAGCCAAUAUGCACAUCAUGCUUAGAUGCUUACAUGAUGUACCUUCACACAAUUAUGGUACAAGGACGAAGUUCAAGCUUGUUCAAGUUCAUGGAUGCCGGAUCUGUAAGUUACUCGAGUUACAAACAAUCGCGUGCGCAGUUGUUGAAUGCUCGACUUCUCGGUGCCGAGUAUGACCAAGUAGUAUUGUUCCCAUACAACUCUGGCAAUCAUUGGACAUUGGUCGUUGUUAAUCCUACAAAAGGUGUUGCAUAUUGGAUUGACCCGUUGAAGAAUCGGAUUGACGGAGACAUGAGUGAAGUGCUUCAAAUGUCAUUCAAUAUAUCAAAGAAGAAAAAACCGAAUUGGAAGGUUGUUAAGUGUCCCAAACAAAAUGGGGUGGUAGAAUGCAGGUACUAUGUUAUGCGAUUCAUGCGGGACAUAAUUUCUGCGAGGAGUACUUCGAUUGUAGAUGUCGUAAGUAUUAGAGUUUUGAAACCACUUUAUGUCAUUGUUUGGAAUGAAAAUAAUUCUUAACCACUUUAUUAUUUACAGAUGAAAAGUUUACCUCCUACGUACUCUAUUUACCUCCUACGUACUCUCAAGAUGAAAUCGAUGAAGUUAGAUCGGAAUUGGCGGAGUUCCUUUCUAAGCACGUACAUCGUGCUUAGCACCAGAUUAGGAAACAACAUUUUUUGAAGUAUUUUGUGGGGAUUUUUUGUUAAUAUAAUUUUGUUAAACCCGAACUACACACAAGAAAAUGUUAAGCACAUUGUUUUGAACAGACUUAAGCAUGAAAGGGGUAAGUGAAUGGUUAUUUUAUCACAUCUAAGUAUAUGUGACUUGCUUUUAAGUAAGUGGAUAUGAAUGUGUGUUUGCUUA